GUUCGAGGGCAAGGAGACGGACACCGGCUCCUGCCUGGCCUUCGCGCCACGGACCAAGACCGGCACCGGCAACCAGGACAAGUUCCUGCAGCUGGAGCCAUGGGCUGUGCCCUGUGACAACACGUGGAUGCAGAAGAACUGGGACAAGUGGCAAGGUUACACCUUUUACACAUCGAAGUCGAACAUCGAGAAGUGUGUUACCGUCACCUUCGCCAUGGGCUUGCAGCCCGUCGCGGCUUUUGUGGGGGGCAUUCAGUUUGACGUGCUUCCAACGCCCUUUUUUGAGUUCGACACCCAAAUUUGCUGGCCGAAGCAUCACCCAGGCGGGGUGGACAUCAGCGCCCUCCGCUUUGAAAUGCGCACUAUGGGCAUCCUGCUUUUCGGCCGCACCUUGCGCUUGGCGAAGCGCUUCGGCGACGGCACGGACUUUAAGGCCGAGGAGGAGGGCGCAAUGCAGUGGGUCGACGCGGAGGAGCUUUAUUUGGCAUCUGCGGAGCCUCCCGGACUGCAAGGAAAGCUGUAUGGACCAGAACUCUUCGUCAACAAGACCUCCGAAUUGCGCGGCCCGGCCGCGCACCGCCGCCUGAGUGCCCUGCAGCAAUCCAAGGCUCGCUGCGACGGGAGCGUCGCUGGACUCUGCGGGACUGUUGAACUCUUUGACGUCAGCAGAGCUCCGAGCUCCAAGCAGGAGUCGCACAAGCUUUUCCGCUUCAAGCAUCCCGGAAUGGUCAACUUCGCGCUGGAGGGGCUCUACACCGAUGGCAUCCUGGAGCUGGGUGUGCAGAUGGGCUUGGGCCCCUUCGAAAGCCCAUCGACGAAGAUUCCGCUCGUGAACAUCGUCGAGCAGUUCUCUUCCAUCCUCAGGGCCCUGCCCUUCAUCUCGUCGGGCAGCCGCGGAAAAGCCGAGGAGGCUCUGCGCGAUUUCGAUGAUAAGAAUGCGGACAAGCUGGAGAAGGGGAUGGUGAACAAG